AUCGUUCGCCCAGCAUACGCCGCCGCGAUACGCCACCGACCGAGGUUUGCGUUCGCGGAAAGAAAAACAGGAAAAACCAAACGCCUUAGCAGCUCAUUCAGCAAAAACAAAAAAACAGGCGCUUCAGCAACAACAACAACUUCGGCAGUGAUUUGGUGAUUGACAAUCAAACGCUCUUAGAUCUUAGAUCUCGGGAAUAGUACCUUCGGAGUGAAAAAGAUAUCGUUCUCCGCCAGUUAGUGCGUAAGAAGCAAGAGCUCGCUCGAUCGGUCACGCGAACGUGGACUACGAAGAAGGGAGGGGUUUCGGUGCAUCCCUUACGACGAAGGCGUUGGCCGACCUGCAUUAGCAUCGGGCGUGAACGUGAACCGUUCUGCAACUCAGCAUUUCCCAGCACAAUAAUAGGCCCUCGAUCGGCCGGUUAAUAAACUCCAGGUGCUGGGUGCCCCCCAACGCGUGUGUGUGUGUCUGUGCGCAUAAGUGCGAUAUCAAGUUCAGGAGACGUGGGAGUUAUUGGCGCAUUCGGUGCCGGCACAUUGUUUCGGUGUUCGGUGGUUUCUAGGUUGCCAUUUAGAAAUCCCGAAUCCGGCGUACUAGUGAACGCGAGGACACCCAACGUGUGUGUGUGUGUGUGUGUGUUUGUGGCGGUCAGUUUAGUGAAUUUUUACGUUUUUUGGAAAGGACCUACACGUGCGCUCGUGCUCUCUCUCUCUCUCUCACACGCUCGCUAACUGCCCAGAACGAUGGAGCUGAUCACAAACGUACAGGCGGGUUGGCGGUACCUGAUGGAUGAGGUAUCGGAUCCACGGACGCGCGAUUGGCCCAUGAUGAGCUCCCCUUUUCCCACCAUGGCCUUAAGCUUGUGCUAUGCCUACAUCGUGAAGGUUCUCGGACCGAAGCUGAUGGAAAAUAGGAAACCAUUCGAACUGCGGAAGGUGCUGAUCGUCUACAACUUCCUGCAAGUGCUCUUCAGUACGUGGCUGUUUUACGAGGCGUGUGUUUCCGGAUGGACUGCCGGGUACAGCUUGCGCUGCCAACCAGUCGACUACUCGAACUCACCCCUUGCUCUGCGGAUGGCAAGAGGAUGCUGGUGGUACUACUUCUCCAAGUUUACUGAGUUCUUCGACACGUUCUUCUUCGUGAUGCGCAAACGGUACGAUCAGGUGUCGACGCUGCACGUUAUCCACCACGGCAUUAUGCCCAUGUCCGUCUGGUGGGGUGUCAAGUUUACUCCAGGUGGUCACAGCUCUUUCUUCGGUCUGCUGAAUACCUUCGUGCACAUUAUCAUGUACGCGUACUACAUGCUGGCCGCGAUGGGACCGAAGGUACAAAAGUACCUCUGGUGGAAGAAGUAUCUCACCGUGCUGCAGAUGGUUCAGUUCAUCCUGGUUAUGACUCACGCCUUCCAGCUGCUGAUCUGGAACGAGUGCAACUAUCCGAUCGCGUUCGCCUACUUCAUCGGUGCCCACGCCGUCAUGUUCUACUUCCUGUUCUCGAACUUCUACAAACAGGCGUACGCGGUGCGGAAACAGGCCAAGAAGGAAAAGGAUGAAAAGAUGGCCCUGGCCAACGGCAACGUGGAGGGUGUGCCGAACAAGAACAUCAGCAACAACAACAACAACAACUUGAAUGGAAAGCCCGACUUUUACCAGACCAUCGAUAAAACCGUUGAGGACAGCUACUCGACCACGCGACACCGAGCCUUCGUGGGUUUCGGCAGUAACUAGAUCCCGUAACCCGAAAACCCUGUAGGACGUGGACCGGGGGAUGGGUAUCUCGCCAAGCCAUGCGCGAGAUUGCUAAUCGUAAUGUGAUCUUUUCACGAAAUUGGAACCAUUCGGAACCACCUCUCUAUAUAUAUUCUCGCCUUCCCCGAUCCCAAUCUGCACCCCGUUUGCUGUUCCGCUUGGUGAUUCGCACCCGCGUACACGAUCACAAACACCCGUUGUUAUGCUGCCAGUGAUCGCCCAUCAAUGUACUGAGAAUACUGAUAAACUGAUACGGAUGUAAGCCACCGGCGGGGCAAGAGGUGCCUGUGCGAGAUUUGCCUCCGAUUGUAGCAUAGUAAGCCACCCUUCUGCACUCGACGCACCCAAGCACGCUCGACUCGUCCCGAACUAGUACGCUGCGUUGCCCUUUUCGUGGUUCUUUCCUUGCUUUUGUUUGUCUCAAAUUUGGUGGUGAUUAUGUAUCUUUUCUUACAGCAGCUUUCACGUCGUCCAAACUUGAUCAACCCUUUGCUCACUCGAUCGAUAAGACGAUGCUCAGCGUGAAGCAUCUCGGGGGGAACAAAAAUAGGAAUGGUAGGGUAAUUAACAUACCUAGACUUUAGACCAGCGUCUACACAAAAAAUAGAAACUAGAAUAGCAUAAGCAUAGUGCAUAAGGAGUCCGUGAGGAAAUGGAGAAGAGGGAAGGUGCUAGUGAAGUAAGGAACGGGCAAACGAACCGCUUAGUGAUGAUUGCCUUUGCCACUCACGCUGCAGCCUUGGUUUAGCCUUUAAGAGAUUUCUUGUACUGCUCCUGUAUGCGCAGGACGACCGUUUCUACCGAAGGUACACCGGUACACCGAAACGGAGCCCUUCCCUGUCGCCAAUGCAAUCAAAGAUAUGAGUCGAUACCGCGAGGGGAGAUUUGACGAUCUUCAUCGUAAUGCACACCAAUCAAAUCAUCAUUUCAUUUUAUGAAUAAAUCGAUUAAAAAUAAAUACAUCGAAGAAACUUGUA